ACAGGACAGUGAUUUUGAACAACUCUUAAAAGGAGACACGCGAGCGUUCAAGUGUUCGAGGGCGAUAAAGUGCUUUUAAUGUCCCCAUCAAGGGUAUCAUUCGUCUUAUUAUAGUUCAAAUUUUGAAAAGAAACUCUUUCUACGAGGCACUUGGCGUUUAAGUGUUGUGAGUAACCAUAGCUGUCAUCUAAAGCGUUAAUCGUUGUUCUACAAGUGUGGUAUAACAUUAUGGAUAACUCAUCGUCAGUGUUGACAUCACCUCAGUAUAGCCUCUCCUUCCGCAUCGGGACAUCGAUAUUCACCGUCUUCCUAAUACUGGGUACUAUCACGGGCAACGCCUUGGUGAUCGCGUCAUUCAUCGCCUACUCCCGAAUAAGGACCGCUACUAACUUCUUCGUGGUAUCGCUGGCGUGUACAGAUCUGGGCGUGGCUCUGUUUUCCAUGCCGCUGUGGCUUGCGUAUAUACUCACUGGUACUAUAUGGGCUGAAAACCCGGUCCUAUUCAGAGUAUGGACUGCUAUGGAUAUCCUAGUCGGCACCGCGUCGAUAGGGAACCUCGUAGCGAUCAGCCUUGAUAGAUUUCUAUGUAUAACCAAACCUCUGAUGUAUUAUCAGUACAUCACCUCGGUCCGUGUGAACUCGACUAUCGCGUGUAUCUGGGUGUACUCUGUACUCAUGGCAGUAGCGAGCUAUCUCCUAUGGCAGUACCGCAUCUUUAACUUCAUUUCCUCCAUCGUGUACUUCUGGGUUCCUUUGUUAAUAAUCAUCAGCGCGUACUCUAUUGUGUUCCGCGUUGCGUUACGCCAGACGCGUCAAAUCAACACUUCAAACUCACGGAAGACGCGCGCGUCGCGGUACAGUUUCGUGACGGAACUCAAGGCUGCGAAGACUCUAGCCGCGGUCGUAGGAGCGUUUGCGUUGUGCUGGGCGCCGUUUGUACUUAUUAAUGGUAUUUACAGUAUGUGUAUUGAGUGUCCUUACAUUAAGCCGGAAAUCAUUCUUGUUGUCAAAUGGUUACACUACGGGAACUCAUUACUUAACCCUCCCAUAUACGGAUUACUGAACAAGGAUUUUAGAGUGGCGUUUAAGCAUAUUUUAUGUUGUAAUCUUGUCGCAACGGGGCGUGCUAUGGAUCAGUUUAUUGCACGCGUUUCAGGUGAGGCGAGUAAUGGAGUCUCUAGUAAUGAGAUGGCACUUGCUAUGAGGAACUCUGGACAACAGCAAAUAUCAGAAUUAAGAUGUGCAUCUUACAUGAGUAACCAAAUGACAAGUGACAAACAGUGCAAGCUGACAAACGCUUGUUAGGAAGCUGUCUUAGAUAACAUUAAAAUAACUAAAACACGUUGUCUAUGUGCAUAAAAAGCAUAAAUAUGGGGUGUAUUGUUAAAAAAUAAAGCAAUGAUUUAAAGCGAA